AUCAAAUGAUAAGCUAACAUCACCGAUGCCGACAGUGCAUAGUAACACUUUCACUUUCAUCGUACUAGCCGACUAAAUAAAGAAAAUCCAAAGACCAUCAGCUUCAGCAGUGAUCAAGACGAAAAUGGGUCAGGCAACAUCGUCUUAUGGGUUCUUCUCGGAAAACCACCGCGAGGAAAACGACAGAGCGGAACAUAAACUACACCAAGGGGAAAGUCCUCGUACAAGAUCAAACAAGAUGAUCAGCAACGCUACGGCGAUUCAACGUUCUCUCGAACCCUCUGAAGUCUUCUGGUUUGCAGAUUCGACUACCCGUGUAGACUUUGACUUGUC